UUAUUUCAAUAUGGUUGAGUUUAUGUCUGAAUAACGAGGGACAGGUAGAGACCCCCAGGUCUGUUGAGCCUGACCCACUCAAUUCUAACAGCUACACACACACAAAGUACUAUAAACCUGCAACUACCACCCACUAGAAACAGAAACAUUCCUCACUUGAAGGAAUGCUCCAAUUCUUAUCAGCGUGAUUAUGAUGAGCCGAAAGGUCUUCUGCUUGACACAUUUUGUUUUGAUGUUUUUAACUCAGUGCAUCAUUGCCCAAAGACACUCAGCAGGUUAGGCAGCUUCUAGUGAGAGAGGAACUAAGUUCACGUAUUCAGACUGGCUGGAUCUAACAUUAUGAACGAUUUGUGUGGUCCUCUAUUAUCCAAGACUGGCACGACAGAAAAUGCCGUGGAGAUGUGUAAAAAAUGUGGGAGAGGGAUGACGUUCCCAGAAUUGUACAAGAAAGAGGAAGCAAUUGUCAUUGCACCAGGAUACGAGUUAUCACGGACUAAAAGUAACAUUGGUGUCCACCUAUGUGAUGAAUUCUUCAAUCGGAUUCAACCUCCAAAGCCAUUUGUUUCAAGGCCUCCAUCUGAAAGCCAGACAGAGCAGCUUGUCACAGACCUGCAGAAGCAGAUCACCGAGCUGGUGAACUUACUGGAGCAGGAAAGUAUCAAGCAAAUGAGCAUUGUAAACAGGUUUCAGGCUGAGGGCAGAGAAGCAAGCUUGAUGAUGCAGAAAAAGCAUGAGGAGGAAUUGAGAAAGAUUUUGGAGAUGCACGCUCUCGAAAUCGAGGAAAUGCAGAGCAACUUUGCUGAGAUCCUGGAGUCACAGAAAGAGAAAGCAGAGAAAAAAGAAUCCAUCAUUGAAGAAAUUAAUGAAAGGCUGGCUCAGAAAGAACGUGAACUCCAUGAGAAGCAUGAAAUAGAAUUGAAAAGGGAACUGGCUUUACAGAGGAAUGCUCUGCAACGUAAAUGUGAUGAAGAGAAGCAAGCAAUAGUAGACAGUUAUGAACAGCAGAUUAAUACCAUUCUUGAUAGGCACAAAGGGGAGAUGGAUGGUGCUGCAGAGCAGUAUAGUGCCAUUAUGGAAACGGUUGAGGAGUUGAGAAAUGCAAAGCAACAGAUCGAGGAUCUGUUGCAGCAGCUGAAAAAGAAGAAUGAAGAAAUACAGAAUCAGUCUGAAUAUCUGAGCUUUCUUGAGGCAGAGCUAGCAUACGAUAGAGCUAAGCUGGCUGAAAUUGAAGGAACUUACAAGUCAAACAUAGGCUCCAUGAAGAGAGAAUAUGUAACGUCCAUAAAAGCUUUAGAGGAUCAGAACCUUGAUCUAAAACAACUGUUUGCUCUAAAGACUGAAGAACUUUGCGCCCUUAAAGCAAUGAUUGAAGAAAGAGAGAGAAUAGAUCAGCCUGAAAGAACAAAUUUCCAGCAAUAACAAACAGUCUUUGCAACUAGCAGUCCAGCCAAUACAGACAUAUUGCAGCCAGUACCUCUUCCAGCAUCAAACCAGGGGACUGGAACUUGUCUGUGUGCAUCAUGCACGGACGAAGCUGGAUUUGGAUUUGUGGAGCAGAAAGCAGAAAGGAGCUUCCUUGGUACUUUUAAAGGAAAUAAU